GAUCCGGACGGGAUCCGAAGGGAAGAGCGAUGGGGGGGGGAUGGGCGCUGCUGGGGCUGCUGCUGCUGGCGCCAGGCCCCCACCUCUCCCUGCGCUGCCCCCUCUGUGACCCCGGGGGCUGCCGGGACGUUUCCUGCCCCUCCCCCAACGCCACCUGCCGCCGGACGACCCUGACCACGUGGCGAGGCGGGCUCGAGCUGCGGCGGGAGGAGGGGGGCUGUGACGUCAGCGGCCCCCCCGAUGUCGUCAUCACCUUCCGCUCCCACGGCGAGGUCGUGACCCUGCGCGAGGAGCGGCGCCCCGCCCCCCCCGGCCCCCCGCCGGGGUCACCGGUCCCGCACCGCCCCCUGCUCUGUGUCAGCUGCGACGGCUCCGACGGCUCCUGCGAGCGCCCCCUGCUGGGGCUGCGCUGCCCCCGCGCGGGGGACGCCUGCGUGGAGCUGAGUGAGGGGGAGGGGCUGAGGGGGGAGGGGCCAAAGGGGGGAGGGGCCAAAGGGGGGAGGAGCCAAAGGGAGGGGGAGGGGCUGCUCCGGGGCUGCGGCAGCGCCGGGCCCUGCCGGGAGCCGCUGGCGCUGGAGACGGGCGGCGGCCGCCAGGUGGCGCUAAAGUGCUGCUGGAGCGACGGCUGCGAGCCCGAGCCGGACCCGGCCCCAUCGGGGCUGCGCUGUUGGGCCUGCGAUGGACCCGAGCCCCACGGCUGCACCCCCCAAGUGCUGACGUGUGGGGGCGGGAGGACCCAGUGCGUCACGGCCCAGACCUAUGGCCCCUCAGGGGAGCCCUGGUUGGUUCUUGGCUGCGCGACCCCCUCCUGGUGCCAGCGCCCCCUGGGCCUGGGGGGGCUGCGGGGGGGGGCCCUGCCCCAGUGCUGCGGGGGGGCCCUGUGCAACAGCGCCCCCUGGAGGAGCGGAGGCUCCGCCGCGGCGCCCCUGCCCCACAGCGGCCUCCUGGUGGGGCUGCUGCUGCUGGCCCCACGGCUGUGA